AUAAUAUCGGCUUUCCAUCCCCGACACGUCUUCAUCGGGCCAGAUCAAGUUGGGCUGUCGUCGCGCUCGUACGAAGUUAACCGUCUUCGGUCGUCGGUCUUCGUCGGUUUGAUCCCUAUACAGAUUCCGUCCUUGUGUAGCAGAGAGUAUAGAAGAUUUUUUGAUACAAUUCUUGGAAACGGUUUCAUCAUUAGUUGGUGGUGUACUUUCUUAAAAACGAAGCCAAACAUCCGUUUGGGCCAUUCUGUAUUAAAACAAACCUUCACGACCGACGUUUGCAGAGCUCUCCAAUUGCCUUAGAUCAGCACCACCGAAUUAAUUCGAGAAGUGAAUGAUACAUAGCUGACCGUGCAAAUUUGACGUAUACCUCUAAAAUACAUACAUAGUUCAUAACUGGAGAAGAAGUAAAAACAAGUUAUUCUGUUGGUGAGUUCCUCGUCUGAGAAAAAAUUAGUGCCCAAGUGAAUCGAAUCAAGUUUUUUAAAUCCAAAUAAGUGGGAAGAAGCUUUAAUUAAUGCGGAUCAACGAUAGAAGAGCGAAAAAAACAUGUGUAUGUGCGAUCGUGCCCAAUUUAGCGGAUCGAUUUCAGCAACCUCCAGCAGGUUUGCACGCCUAAUCGAAAUGAUUGCUACAGAGUCCCUCUGCUGAACUCCUGAAGAGUGUGCCAACCAAGCUGGAUUCCCAACAAGAACAUCCAUCGACCACCUCAACGGCCACUAGUGGUAGUAGUAGUGGUAGACUGCAAGGUGCUCCAGAUCCAGAUCAAGCUCGCCAGACCACCCAUCAUCAACCACAAUCGAUCGCCCAAGCUGCUGCUUCUGUUGCGGUGGCACCAGAAAUGAGUAUCUCCCAGCAGAGGUAUCAUCAUCCGCAUCAUUCAACAAGCAGCAUGUACCCUAGCGGCGGACCUAAUCGAUACUAUCGGGAACCGGACCCGGGCUAUCCGGAAGAUUACAUGCAGCAGCACCCGCAACAACAGUACCACCCCCAUCAGUACGGACCUCCACCGAGUCAGGGAUCCUACGGAGAGGUCCCUCCCUACGAGAGUGGCUACGAGCCGCCACCUGGGUCAUCAGCCGGACCCGGUUACGGCUAUCACCCACCACAAGGACCGCAUGGUCCCCCGCAUCCGCAACACAUUUCAGCACAGUAUUCUAUGGCCGCCAUGCGCCGUGGUGGUCAUCCGGAUAUGAUCAAUCGGGGAGGGGGUCCCGGUUAUCUGAUGCCCUGGUACGGAGGGCCACCGCGAGCUUAUCCCAUUCCGCCGGAACAUAUGUACAACAUGUAUAAUUUUAACAGGUAA